AUGAAUUUGGUAGAAACUCAACACAAGUUCAGUGGUGGAAAGGAUUAUGACUGGGGUUUCACAUCAUUCAUACCGUUAAAUAAAUUUUAUGAUGCUAGCAUUGGAUUUAUUGUGAAUGAUACUUGUGUAAUUGAAGUUGAGAUUUCAGACAACAAGCCUGAACAUUUGAAUCAAGUAGUUCAAUCAAUUUGCAAGGUUGAUAACAAGCCUCUUGAACACACAGCUGGUCCUUUAGCCAAGGAAAUGUUCACAACAUCACUUGAUGAGCUAGUGGAUUUCAAGGGUUUAGGGAAAAUAGAGAAAGCUUUUGUUCCACUGCUAGAAGAAGUAUGUUCACAACAUUCCUCACUAAUUGAUAGUCAACGGAAGAGAACUGUUAUGUUUAGUGAAUAUGCAUUCAGAGCUUUGGGUCGAGUUUUACAUUUUCUUAAGACUAACAAGGUAAAAGAUAUGGAUGGUGAUGCUUGUAAUAAUCUCCAAAAUUUAUGGGAUGAACUUGAGGCAUUUGGAUUUGAUUUGACUUGGUUGAAACCCCAUGUUCAAUCUGCCUUGCAUAUGAAACAACAUUUUAAGAAAGCUGUUCAAGUGAAAAGGAAGUUGGAGGAGAAUAUGGCUGCUUUAGAGAUUGAAGCAGAGAAAUUGAAGGCAAAGAUAACAGAGAUAGAGGUACAGCUUGAAAUAUCAAGUAAAGUAUUGGUGAAAGCUGUGGAAGCCAUUGAAGUGUGCAAUUUGGAUGUUGAACUAGGAUAUGGAAUUGGAGCACCAUAA